AUGGCUAUGGCUGAGAUACACAAGAAGCAAGAACAUGCAGAUAGUCUGUUUGGUGAGAUAAACAGACAGAAAACUCAGAUUAAAGACAUGACCCUUCAGGUAAAGUCAGAAAGAGAACAAAUGGAAAACAUCAUGAACUCGAUCACCUUGAAACAAAAAGAACAAGAGCGUAAGGAAGUUGAGCUUGAAGGGCUACAAGAGAAACUGGAAAUGCACAAGAACAGUGUACUGUCAGAAAGAGAAGAACUGGAAAGUUUGAAGGACGGUCUCAACAAGAAGAAAGAAGAGUUUGAAACUGAUAUGACCACCAUCAGGGAAGAGAGAGAACAACUCAGUCGGAUGAAGACUAAUCUGGAGAGGCUACGAGAAAUGCUUUCCAAUGAAAAACAGGAACUAGAUGGACAAAGGGCUGUGCUGAAACAGAAAGAUGAUGAACUGAUGAAUCAAAUGAAACCAAUAGAAAUGCUGAGAGUCAAACUUCAACAGCUGAAUGAAAAGAUGUGUGUAGACCUGAAUAACCAAAUGGCCAGUUUGCAGCACAAAAAUGAAGAUCUGCAGACGCUUUACACUGAACUGGAAGGGAAGCUUGAAGGACUCACCAAACAGAAAGAAAACAUGACUGGUUACACUGAGCUGUUGGAGAGAGAAAAGCAAGCCUUGUUAACGCUUGUGUCAGACAUGAAUCUCCAGGAACAAGUCAAAGAAAACCAAUGGCAUCAAAGGUUUGAGGUGGAAAGGCAUGAUCUUCACAAACUAAAGGCAGAGCUGGAGAAAGAGAGAGAGGAUCUGGAUGAAGCCAAAAAGAUGUUGAUAAAAGACAGACAGGACUUGGAGCUUACUAAAUGUGACAUCCAGAAACAAAAUGACAUUUUAAAUGAAAACAAACAAAACACACUCUCAGCACUCAUUCAGAGUAUCAGAAAAACUACCACGAGCACGUCGAACAGUCAGUUCAACGUUAAUCCAGAAAGAGCCAUAAAGAAGAAGACGGGUCCGAACCCGGUUCAGCCGCGCUGCUCCACUCUCCGUCAGUGGAGGAAGAAAAGUCCGCACCUCCUCUCUGUGGCACUGAAGAAAAGUCCGCAGCUCAUCUCAGCGGCCAUGAAGCAAUGUCACCAGCCGCUCUCAGCCGUGGCAAUGAAGAACAGUCCAGGAACAAAGCAGGAGGGAAACAGCGGGUCUCCCUCUGAAUCAGUCCGCUCCCGCGACGCACUGUCUGGUGCUAAGCGGUAG